AUGAAGACUGCACUUGUUCUUACUCCUUUCUUUAUUCUCUUUGGCUUCAGUGCUGCUACAGAUUUUAACUUAAUCUCACCGUGGGGAGAAACCAAAUGGGAGUCUGGCCAGGAUGUAUCAAUAGUAUGGGGGGUUUUGACAAAAGGUGCCGAAGCAUCUGCGCCUGAUGUUAAAACAUGCAAUCUAGAUCUUAUGCAAGGUAACUUCGACAAUGCCAACUUAGUUGCCCAUAUUGGUAGCAAUCUCGAUGUGAAUAUGGGUAAAUACUUGUGGAAGAAAGUUCCCGAUUACCCAUCUGGCUCGGAUUACUUUGUCCGUGUUGGUAAUCCUUCCUGGUGGAGAUAUGGUCAUGCUUUCACUUUCAAUGGCAAGGGUACCGUAAAAUCAUUGGCACAACCUGCAUUCAAUGAAAGUCACGGCGCUGCCACAUCAUCCAAACCGACUUCAGCUUCUGAUCCACAAAAAUCAGCUGCCACCACCACCAUCAACACCGCUUUGUUUGCUAUUGCAUUGACUUUUGUCUCUGCUUUGUUCAACCUUUAA